AUGCCUCCGUCACGUAGAACAGUCCGCAUCGGGGUUGAUGUUGGAGGAACAAACACGGACGCCGUCGCCAUCGACCUGAGCCUCCAACACACUGCCAACCGCGGCGUGCUCGCCCACUUCAAGACCCCGACAACCCCGGACGCGAGCGCCGGCAUCGAGAGCGCCGUCCGCGCCGUCCUCGCCGCAUCCGGCCUCGACGCGGCCCCGGGCCGCAUCGCCAGCGUCACCAUCGGCACGACGCACUUCAUCAACGCCGUCAUCGAGCGCGACGCCCGCCGCUUGCAGCGCGUCGCCGUCCUCCGCCUCAGCAAGUCGUUCCUCCGGGAGGUCCCGGCGUUCGCCGAGUUCCCGCCGGACCUCGCCGCCGCCAUCCGGUCGCACGUCGGCGUCGUCGACGGCGGGCUGCACGUCGACGGGUCGCAGGAGGCGCCCGUCGUCGAGGCCCAGGUCGUGGCCGAGUGCCGCAAGAUCAGGGAGCGGGGCGAUGUCGGCGCCGUCGUGGUGGCCGGCGUGUACUCGCCCAUCGACGAGGCGUUCGGCCAGGAGGAGCAGGUCCGCGACAUCGUGCUGCGCGAGGUGCCCGGCGUCGACGCCGUCUGCAGCCGCGAGGCCAGCGCGAGCAUCGGCUUCGUCGAGAGGGAGAACGCGGCCAUCCUCAACGGCGCGAUCCUGCGCUACGCGCGGAGGACGGUGGGACGGUUCCGGCUCGCCACAAGGCGGCUCGGCCUCGAGUGCCCGCUGUUCCUGACGCAGAACGACGGCACGAUCCUCGACGCGGCGGCGGCGGCUCGGAUGCCCAUCCGGACCUUCUCGAGCGGGCCGACCAACUCGAUGAGGGGCGCCGCGUACCUCGCCGGGCUGGACUCGGGCGCCGACAGCUCCGCCAUCGUCGUCGACAUCGGCGGCACGACGUCCGAUGUCGGCGUCCUGCUCCCCUCGGGCAUGCCGCGCCAGGCGUCGGCGUACGUCACGGUGGCCGGCGUCAGGGUGAACUACUCCAUGCCGCAUCUUCACUCCGUCGGACUCGGCGGGGGUUCCGUCGUGAGGACCGUGGGCGAGAAAGUCAAAGUCGGCCCCGAGUCUGUCGGGUUGGAGCUCGUCACCCGCGGCCUCGUCUUCGGGGGCGAUGUCUGCACGACAACAGACAUCGCGGUGGCAGCCGGCAUGGCGGAUAUCGGUGAUACGGGGAAGGCCAAGGAGCUGGGGCCGCGCUUCGUCCACGAGGCACUAUCGCGGAUACAGGCACUGCUGGAGGGUGCCGUCGAUGUCAUCAAGACGUCUCCCGAUCCCGUCCCGGUCCUCCUCGUCGGAGGAGGCGCCAUCUUGUCCCCCGAGCGCCUCAAGGGGGCCUCCAAGCUCAUCCGGCCGCCGUUCCACGACGUUGCGAACGCAGUCGGCGCGGCCAUCGCACGUGUAUGCGGCGCUGUAGAUAUCGUGCAGGGCACCACCCACCAGACGGAGAGCCAGGCGAUCGAUAAGGCCAAGAAGAUGGCCAUCGAGAGAGCCGUUGCCGCCGGCGCCGUCCCGGAGAGCAUCAAGAUCGCCGAGAUCGAGACGAUGCCGCUGCAGUAUGUCAGCAACCAGAUCCGGACCCUCGUCAAGGCCGUCGGCGACGUCGAUCUCCACGCCAAGCUCGAAGACGCCUUUGAGGCAGACGAAGAGGGCGAGGACGAGGACGAAGACCACACGGAGGCGAGCAAAGACCUGACCCGGGAUGUCCAGGAUGACGAGAAGGUCGACCCGGUGGCGUAUAAGCCCACCGUUAUCCGAGACGCCGCCAGCGGUGUUCCCGAGUGGCGCAUCAGCGAGACGGACUUGGAAUAUCUGGCCGACGGCUGCUACGUCCUCGGGUGCGCCGGAGGAGGAAGCCCGGCGGCCUCCAAGAUCCAGCUGCGGAACAUGCUCCGGGAAGGAUACAAGAUGCGUGUCAUCGGGGCGUCUUCGCUGCGAGACGACGAUGUAAUAUACUGGGGCGGCCACAUGGGCUCUCCGGCCGUGUCCAUCGAGCGUCUGCAGUCCACCGAGACGGUCGACGCCUUCAGGGCGCUGAUGGAGUACCUCCGCCACGACACCUUUGACGCCGUCAUGGGCCUCGAGAUCGGCGGCGCCAACGGUCUCGAGCCCUUCCUCGUCGGCUCGUCCCGGUUCUUCGACACCCCCAUCAUCGACGGCGACUGGAUGGGGAGGGCGUACCCGACGUACUGGCAGACGACGCUCGCGGUGCACGCGCCCCUGGAGCUGGUCCCCUGCGCCAUCGACUCGGGCGACGGCAAGACGAUCGUCAUGACGAGGGCCCCCAACGACGAGAUCGUCGACCGCGCCCUGCGCGCCUCGUGCUCCGAGAUGGGCUCGCGCGUCGGCAUGGCCGCAAAGCCCACGACCAGCGACCGGGUCAGGCGGUUCGGCGUGCUCAACACCGUCUCGCUCGCGUGGCGCAUCGGGCGCUGUAUCGCCGUCUGCCGGGCGACCAACACCAUGAGCACCGUGGCCGAGUCCAUCAUCCGCGAGGCUGGCGGUCCCGAGGCUGCCAAGGUGCUGUUCCGGGGCAAGAUCGUGAGGGUCGAGAGGCGGCUGUUCAAGGGCCACUCGUACGGCGAGGUGCACAUCGCCGCCCUCGAGGCCGGCGAUGAGGACGAGGACGAGGCCGCGAGGGACAAAGGAAAGGCCGCCGCCGCCGUCGCCCGGGGCGGGACGCUGAAGAUACCCUUCAAGAACGAGAACAUUCUUGCCGAGCACACCGACGAGAAAGGCAAGAUCGAGGUCCUGGCCGCCGUGCCGGAUCUGAUCUCGGUUCUGGACAACGAGUCCGGCAGGGCUCUCGGGGUGCCCGAGUUCAAGUACGGGUACCGCGUCACGGUAGUCGGCAUCACCUGCUCGCCGCGGUGGACCGAGACGCAGGCCGGGCUGGAUAUUGGCGGGCCAAAGGCCUUUGGGUACGAUCUGGAGUACACGCCUCUGGGGAAGUACGUCGAGCCGCGGAGUGUGCUAGAAGAGUAUUUGGUAGACUAG